AUGUCACAUUCAAGAAGUAGCCAUGGCAACAGGCGUAAUCGCAACCAUCAUCAGGGCAACAAAAAUAAAAUAAACUUCGGUGAUAAAGGUAAAGAAAUUUUACAUGACAUUGAUGAAAGUAACCCAGUAAUCCAACAAUUCCGUGGGUAUGCAUCAGAGCUUGAUGAUAAACAUGAUCGUUAUGAGCGUAUUGUUAAAUUCAGCCGUGAUAUUACAAUUGAAAGCAAACGCAUAAUAUUUUUAUUGCAUACCAUCGACAAAGAAAGCAAAACAGAUGCAAUCCUAAAUGAAGCUAAACUACGCUUGGAUAAUUUAGCAAAAACGUUAUUUAAAAAUAUUGCCCACGAGUUAAACAACCAAGAUCCGUAUCAGUACUUACGCGCCUACACGGCUGGUCUCCAAGAGUACAUAGAAGCAAUGACUUUUUAUAAUUAUUUGAAGGAUGAUUCUUUGUUGGAUUGGACAGAAGUUGAUAAGAAUCUCACCUACGCCGACCAAACAGCAGAAGAAAAUAAAAAAGCUGAUUUGGAUGAUUUGGAUGACUCUCCGUCCGAGUACAGGACACUGAUGACACCCAACGAGUACAUUCUAGGCGUUGCUGAUCUUACUGGUGAAUUAAUGCGUAAAUGUAUAAACAAUUUAGCUUUUGGUGACAUCGCAAGUUGCUACAAAACUUGCAACUUGGUUAAAGAAAUUUAUAAAGGGUUCCUCGGCUGCUCUGGUAAUUCAAGCAAGGAAAUUCGCCGUAAGCUUUACGUUCUGAAACAAAGUUUAGUUAAAAUGGAAAACGUCUGUUAUACUAUUAAAUGA